AUGAGCGGCAUCAAGUUAAAGCUUAACACCGGUAUCCCCAGAGAUCCAUCCCUGGCCACACCCUCCGCAACUCCAGGCGCUGGCCCACCUCCAACACCCAGAAGUUCUACUCCAGGAGGCCCGAAACUCAAGUUGAUCGCCAAAUCAACGCCUUCAACUCCCGCCCCCAUCAUCGAAGAUGUCCCCAAGCCCAAAAAGACCAAAGCAGGCCGAGCGUCCAAACCAAGCGCCAAGCUCCUCGAAAGCAAGAAGCGCGCCCCCAAAGAUAUCGACUCGGAAAGCGACAAUGAAGGCUCCACAAUAGCAGUCCAAGCCCCUGCAGCAAAGCGAGUAAAGCUCAGUUUCGGUCCCAAAACACCUGCUGCUGCGCCGACGCCUGUUCACAUCAAGCCAAAGUUGAAGGGCAAGCCGCCGAAGCACCCUCCUGGAGAGGGUUAUGAUUCAGAAGCCAGCGACCGCGAACUGGACCCUACGAUCGAGGAAGAGUUCGUGCUACGCAUGUUCCCCGGUGACGACUGCGAGUACCUGCGCGAAGCGAUAGUGAAUAAGAAGAUUGGUCUGCCGCUGAGUCAAGGGGGCGCGGAUGUACAAAUGAAAUUCUACGAAGCUAAUGGACGGCGAGCAUCAGUCAAUAUCAGGGGGCAUCUCUAUGCUGCUGCGCUGGUGGAUUUACCGUGUAUUGUGGAGGGCAUGAAGAGUUGGGAUAAGAGGGGAUGGUGGAAGAGUGCAGAUAUUUGCCAGAUGUUAUGGGUGUUUGCGCCCAUUGCAAAAGAGGAUGAGGCGAAGACUAUUCCGUUGCCUAAGAUUAUUGAUCCGAAAACCUUUCAGUAUCCUCAUGGGCUGACUCCGCCUAUGCAUUAUGCCCGCAAACGCAGAUUCAGAAAACGUAUUAGUAGAACGGCAAUCGAAGCUGUGGAGGCGGAGGUGGACAGGCUGAUGGAGGAAGAUAAGGCGGCCGUUACAUCAAAGUGGGAAAUGUUUGAUGUGGAAGAGGAGAGCAGGCGGGAGAGUGCUUUUAGUCCCGAGAGCAGUCCUGAUGGAUACGAGGAUGGACAGGGACAAUAUUCCGAGGACGACGAUGCCGAGGGCGAGGUUGAUGAUAUGCCUGGCUACUUUGGUCAAGAUCAUCACGCUAAUGGGGCAGCGGAUGAGGACAUGGAUGCAGAACUGGAGGCCGAGCUGGAGGCAGCUAUGCAAGCUGAGAAUCUUGAAGCCGCGACUCCAAUGUCUACGAAUGAAGGUGCUACUCUCAAUGGGGGGACUCCAGGUCGUGCCGAGGAAGAUAGUGGAGAUGAGUCAGUGGAGGAUGAAGAUGCGGAUGACGAAGCCGACUCGGAGGGAGGUAUUGAUGAAGAAACCAGGGCCAAGCUUGCGCAGAUCCAAGGCAUGAGGGAAGAUAUCGUGGAUCUGGAGAAGCAGAUUGAGAACGUGCAGGCUCAGCUAGCGGCCCAGACUAAUAUGCUCUUAAAGAAGCGAUUAGAGGAUAACGUUAGGAAGCUGAAGGCUGAAUUACAAUUGAAGAAGUCUUCUAUUGGAGAGGGGAAUGGGGAUGAGGAUGACUAG